GCCAAGAGGAGUCGGCAGCGGCAGCCAGGGGGCGGGGGGGAGAUGGUGCUUGUGGAUGUGGAGAAGGAGUUUUGGGGGCCUCGAGGGUUGGCUCUUGUGGAUCGGCGGUCGUGGGUGUUUCGGCCGCCGGCGGAGGAGAAAGAGGUGGGAAAGGAGGUUGCUGUGUCUGUGCCGAAGGGGGUGGUGGUGGGAGGUAAACGGUCAAGUGUUGAGGAUGUGAAAGUGGGUGCUUCUGACCUGCCCCAGCGCAAGCUCACCUGGUCUCCAGUCGCCCUGUUCCGCUUCUCCGCCCUGACCUUCAACGCCCACAUGAUACACUACAACGAGUCCUGGACAAGAGACGUCGAGGGGCACCCUGCUGUUGUCGUCCACGGUCCUCUGAAUCUCAUUGCUAUGAUGGACUACUGGAGAGAUGUGCACGGGAAGAACGGCCAGGAGGCAGGAGAAAUCAGCUACCGGGCUCUUUCACCUCUUUACGCUGGAGAUGAGUAUACGAUCCGGACAGACUCGGUGGGGGAGGAGGAUGGUGAGAAGGGGAAGAAGACUUGGGAGGUUGCUGUUGCUAAGGGUGACAAGGUAUGUAUGAAGGGCACCAUUCUUGCUCAUGCAUAGGAUGAGAAGAUUCAAGUGCUUGUCUUGUAUGCUGCAUAGAGGAAAAUUUUAAUUGCAUUUACAUCACA